CCUCAUAUCACUGAAACCUCGACCGAGACACAUGUAGCCAUGGCAAAGAAAGACGCUCUGGCAUUUGACGAUAAGGAAAAGAAGAGAUACGAAUGCUCGAAUGAUCGCACCGGCGUGCUGAUUUGCCGUUAUGGGUUCUACUCCACGGAUCACUAUUGCAAGAAGGGUACGCGGUGCAGCGAUAGGUGUGCUUGUUGCCUGGGAGUCCGUGAAUUGGCCAUGGAGGAUGAGGGCUUUGGAGAUGCUUAUGCUUAG